AUGCUGCUGUCCACAGUGACGACGACCUUUGAGCUUCCAUCGUCGCAAGUCGUUCAAAUCGUCGCCCACGACCUCGAUGGCACGUGCUACACGAACGACGAUCAAGAUCGUCACGACCGCAUGUACGUGGCACUGCUAUCUCUGACCACCCACUCCCAUCGCAUCGUGCUCAAUUGUUCGUUCGAUGCCUUGGAUCAUUCGUAUCACGUGCGUGGGUUUGUGGUGGCAUGUCCAACUUCCACAUACGCCGAGGAAUUGACCAUGCUGGAGCAUCAAGUGCUCGUGUUAGCCAGGACCAUGGAGCAGGCGCAUAUAUGGAAGUGGACGAGUCAUGUAUGGGGAGGAGACUGUGCGGAACACAGCAAUGUCAUCCAAGAGAUUGUACCGACGUUUGCGCAGUUGCAAGGUCUUCGUGUGAUGCUUCCGUGCUAUGACAUCUCAUCCCCACCGACUUCUCGACAUGAACAAGACGAGUUAGUGUAG